AUGGAGACUGAUAACUCUGCUGUUCCAGAAAAUGGGCUGGCUCGCUUCGCGUGUGAUUACUGCAGGCAGAAGAAGUUCAGAUGCUCCAAGGAGUUACCAAAAUGCAGCGCCUGCAAGCCAUGGUCAAGCAGCUGCAACUACUCACGGGAUAAACCUGCAGGUUCACAGAGCCAUGUGCUUCUUGAGCCGAAACCCCCAACUGGCGCACAAGCGGUGACCUCAGCGACUGACAUUGAAAGUCGACUGCAAAAUAUCGAGCACAUCGUUGAGAGACUGACACAGUCUGUGGACCAAAUUGUAGCAGCCGUAGUACCAAAGAAGUUGGCGAGAAAUCCUUCCGUCUCCUUUCCCAAUGUCACUUCGGGCUCUGCGGGACCUUCAAACACGAUAACCGCUGAACAUAAAGACCCAGCCCCAAACCUAUUCAUCAGACCAGCUCACGCAUUCUCUUUCCUGAAAGAGACAAAGGCCCAAAUAGAUGCUAUCAAGAAGGCAUCGACACGGCUUGCUCACCAGACCGCGUAUUCGGAGCUGCAGUAUUUGUCAAGCUCACUGACCACUGCAACUGUCGGCUCUGAAGCCACCAAAGGUGCCAAAACAUUCUACGUGCCUUCAAAGGCAGCUGGAUACCAGCUCAUGGGCCGCUUUUUAGAACACUCACCACAGGGCGAACCUUUCUUUCGAUCUCCUCCUGACGACUUGUUACAACAGGUCAUCUUCGAUCCCGGAAAUGUGAAGCAAAAGGCUUGGGUUGUGUACGUGAACUACAUGAUGCUCGCCUUAGUCUCCGCUCGCGAGAAGGAGGAAAGCUCUGAAGCGAAGCAUUUCAGACGGAAUAUGCAACUGGCGCUCAACGACAGUACCAUCUUCCUCGAACCAAAUGAGGUCAAUCUCCAGACUUUAGCACUGUUGGCUAUGCACGGUGAAGACUAUGCAUCCCCCAACUUAUCCUGGAUGCUUGUUGGACAUGCCUGCCGCCAGGCCGAAGCUAUAGGGCUACACCAACCGAACCAUUCAGACUAUGAAUCACAGCAAAGAAGCCUCUGCAUGUUUUGGCUUCUUUUUGUGGUGGACAAGUCAUGUUCUCUGGCUUUCGGUCGCUCUUCGUUUCUUCCCGUGGGCCUAUAUCGUGAUGUCCCGUUGCCUGAUUUCAACUACAUGCUCAAAUUUCAGCCACAUAAUGAACCAGACUUCCGGAACUCGAGAAAUCCUUCCCAAGUAUCAACAUUUGGAGCUCAUUAUCUUACCCAGGGGAUGAAGCUGGCUAGGCUCAUGGGAGACGUGCUGACGCUCUUAAUCCCUGGCCAACCAUACGUCCGAAGAGAAGAGGUCAGAGUGCAGCUAGAAACAUGGCACAAAGAGACUAAUCAGGUCCUCUACGAGACUUUGGAUAAAGAGAGGUCUUCGACUGCCGAAGCACAUCUGCGAGAGAUGUCACUUGGCAUAACCAGUAUGAAGUUCCAGUAUUUACACAUAGUAAUUGUUCUUCAUAAAGGUGAUCCGGCUUGUGCAAAAAUUCUACUGGAAUCUGCACGAGAAGCUCUUUCCCUCUUGCCGCACAUGGUGUCAAACUGGUCUUCCAUAUACAACGGUGUCGUAUGGCAUUUACUUUACUAUCCUUUCAUACCUUUUUUUGUUGUAUUCGAACACAUCGUCCACGAUAAAACAUCCAACGCAUCUUCAAAAACAAACAACGACAUCAGUCUAUUGUCCACAACCGUGUCUUAUUUUUCAAGUAUGCGAGCUCAACUUCGUCUCUUAGCGCCUGUCUGUGCACGACUGGAGCAUGUUGCCUCUAUAUUCCUACAGCUUGCGCAAGCUCACGCCAACGAACGGAGAUUGCCACACAGUGGGGAGCCAAAAGUCAACUCAGUAUUUCCGUCAAGCGCGCCGCCUCUGUCUACCCAGUUUUUAGGGCAUGGUGAUAAUGAAAGAAUCGCAUCUGUCUUUCAGACUGUGAAUGAAGACGAGGGUAUCAUAGCGGAUCUGGAUAUCAGUACCCUGCUGGAUUGGCUGCCCGCUGAUACCGCUGCUUCAUGGCCUGUUGAAUUUACUGCAACAUCGCAGCAAAGCAGAGCUGGGACUGCCUUCAACAGUUCUUUGAUAACCGAAGAGCAGACCGAAAGGGCCUCACGUGGUCGUAAACGCACGUUCGAUGCCACCUUUGACUGGUUCUCUUGGGAUACGUACUACACAGAUUCUGGCUCUAGAAGGGCUUUCUCUUGA